AUGUCAAACUCAAGGACAUCUAUUCGCCACGGGCUUACUGCGUCAGGGUUGUCGCUGUCCAAUACUUGCCGUAUCGUUCAUCAAGCAGCGAUUCCCGACCAAAUUCCAUUCCCGAAAGAUAUUCCCGAUCUGAGCAUGAGGCAGCUACUACCAUCUGGAGACAAAGCGCUGCGCGGCCAACUAGGGGUCAUCGAGUUCACUGAGCAUUACCGACUCCCUCGGCACAUACACAUCGCAAAGGAUCGCGAGGGCAGAGAAAGGCUUAUUUCUGAACGCAUCUUCGUCAGUGCCGGCGUCGCUCUGGUCGAGCUCAGUGGUGAGAUAUACAUCAUUGCGCCAAAUACGCUUGUGGAUAUUGCUGCAGGCGUGCCUCACGCCUGGACAGGGUGCCCACCUGGUGUUGUCUUACCGGACGGCACGCUGUCGACUGGGUCGUUCCUGAUGCUAUAUCAGUACGAACAUGAGACAGCCUUUUAUCCGACUGAUCGGACCACGACCUUUCAAAAUGUGGAAGAAUACAAUGCGAGCAAAUACUCGGGCGAUCUGAAUAGCAUAAGGUUUCCUGCCCUUACCAAGGAGGCGGUUGUCGAGCAAGGGAGACUCAUCUGGGCUACAAACCUGGCAAGAGCCGCUUUUUAA